AUGGACUCCAAGGCCACCUUUAAACGGGGCUCCCUCAAACGCACCACAUCUGGCUCACAGAAGGCCGCAAGAGCUUGGAUUGAGAGGACCUUUUGUAAAAGAGAAUGUGUUCACAAAUUUCCCACCAAGGACCCAAGCAGAUGUGCCUGUGGUCAGCUGACAACGCAGCACGUGGCCAUCCCCGCUGGGGCCAACUCGCUGGAGGAAGCAAACCAGCUGGUGCAGAUUGAAGCCCAGAAGGAGAAAUGGAACGUGGUAAAACACACCCGGACUUACCCGACGGACUCCUUUGGCACAGUGGAGUUCCAGGGUGGAGGAUUCAUCAACAAAGCCAUGUAUAUCCGAGUUUCCUAUGACACCAAGCCGGACAACAUCCUGCAUUUGAUGGUGAAGGACUGGCAGUUGGAGCUGCCAACUUUGCUCAUCUCCGUGCACGGAGGUCUGCAAAACUUCGACCUCUCGCCCAAACUCAAGCAAGUGUUUGGCAAAGGCCUGAUAAAAGCCGCCGUCACCACCGGGGCUUGGAUCAUCACGGGGGGAGUCAACACUGGGGUGAUGCGUCAUGUUGGAGACGCCUUAAAGGACCAUUCCUCCAAGUCACGUGGGAAGGUGUGUGCUAUAGGAAUAGCUCCAUGGGGGAUCCUGGAAAACAAGGAGGAUCUCAUUGGGAAAGAUGUGACCAAACCCUAUCAGACGAUGGCGAACCCACUGAGUAAGCUGGCUGUGCUCAACAACAGCCACUCCCACUUCAUCUUGACUGACAACGGCACCUGUGGGAAGUAUGGCUCUGAGGUCAAACUUCGCCGGCUGCUGGAGAAGCACAUCUCCUUGCAGAAGAUCAACACACGUUUGGGUCAGGGGGUUCCUCUAGUGUGUAUGAUAGUGGAGGGAGGUCCCAACGUGAUCUCCAUCGCUUUGGAGAGUCUGAGAGACGAGCCUCCUGUCCCCGUGGUGGUGUGUGACGGCAGCGGACGAGCUUCCGACAUCAUCUCCUUCGCACACAAGUAUUCAGAGGAAGGAGGCAUGAUUAAUGAUGAUGCCAGAGAGCAACUUUUGGUAACUAUUCAGAAGACUUUCAACUAUAGCAAAAGCCAAUCACAGCAGAUCCUGCUCAUGGUUACGGAGUGCAUGAAGAAAAGGGAGCUGAUCACAGUUUUUCGGAUGGGUUCUGAGGGACAACAAGAUAUUGAAAUGGCCAUUCUUACUGCCUUGUUAAAAGGCACCAAUGCUGCAGCAGCUGAUCAGCUGGGCUUGGCUCUGGCCUGGAACAGAGUUGAUAUUGCUCGCAAUCACAUUUUUGUUUAUGGACACAAUUUGCCACCUGCCGGUGCAAUGGCCAGUGCUACCUCUUUAGCCUCCACCCAGGACAAGCAGAAGAGUCCUUCCAGAGCCCCUAAAAGCAAAGCCCGGGGAAAGAAGGGAAAGGGGAAGGGAAAAUCAAAGCCUGAACUUCCAGAGGAAACAGAUCCAAGGAAGUUGGAGAUCAUUCGCUGGGUGAACUCUCUGGAGCAGUCUAUGAUGGAUGCUCUGGUGCUCGACAGAGUGGACUUUGUCAAACUGCUCAUUGAAAACGGGGUCAAUAUUCACCACUUUGUCACAAUUCCCAGACUGGAGGAGUUAUACAACACGAAACUUGGCCCUAUUAAUUCACUCAAUGGUGUGGUUAGGGACAUCAAAAAGGGAAACCUUCCUCCAGAUUAUCAGAUCACUUUGAUCGAUAUUGGUCUGGUGUUGGAGUGCUUUAUGGGCGGAGCUUACAGGAGCAAUUACACAAGGAAGGCCUUCCGCAACCUCUACAAUAAUUUGUACGGACUUAAAAGGCCAAAGGCUCUAAAGCUUCUAGGAAUGGAGGAUGAUGAACCAAGGGGAAAGGGCAAGAAAAGGGGAAAAAAGAAGAAAGAGGAAGAGGUAGAAAUUGAUGUGGAUGACCCAGAGGUGUGUCGAUUCAAGUUCCCCUUUCAUGAGCUGAUGCUAUGGGCGGUGCUGAUGAAGCGUCAGAAGAUGGCGCUGUUUCUGUGGCAGCGUGGAGAAGAAGCUAUGGCCAAAGCCCUGGUGGCCUGUAAACUGUAUAAAGCCAUGGCCCAUGAGUGCUCUGAGAGUGAACUAGUGGAUGACAUCUCCCAAGACCUGGAAAACAACUCCAAAGAAUUUGGCCAGCUGGCUUACGAGCUGUUGGACCAGUCCUACAAGCAUGAUGAACAGGUGGCCAUGAAACUCUUAACAUAUGAGCUGGUUAAUUGGAGUAACUCCACCUGUCUAAAGUUGGCUGUGGCUGCUAAGCAACGUGAUUUCAUUGCCCACACCUGCUGCCAGAUGUUGCUCACCGACAUGUGGAUGGGAUGCCUGAGGAUGGGCAAAAACCCUGGCCUUAAGGUUAUUCUGGGAAUCGUCUUUCCUCCGCUGAUUCUACUGUUGGACUUCCGUCUUGCAGAAGAUGCAUCCUAUAAUGCACCUGGCCAAGAACAGGGAAAAGACAAGGAUGACGACGCAAAAUCCAGCAAGGACGGUAAUGAUGCAACUUCCCGAAAGGGGGAUGAAGAAGAGGGCGCCACUCAUGUCCGUAAAAUCCCAAUAGCAACUAGGAUCUUUGAGUUUUAUAAUGCGCCAUUCACCAAAUUCUGGUUCAACACUAUUUGCUAUUUGGGCUAUUUGAUGUUGUACAACUACAUAAUCCUGGUGAAAAUGGAGCGAUGGCCAUCCUUACAAGAGUGGACUGUCGUUGCAUACAUCGUCACACUUGGCUCUGAAAAAAUCAGACAGAUUCUGAUGUCAGAGCCGGGGAAGCUGAAACAGAAGAUAAGUGUGUGGAUGGAGGAGUACUGGAACAUCACAGACAUGGCUGCCAUUUGCACCUUCCUUUUCGCACUAAUGCUACGCCUGCAGAAUGAACCUUACCUGGGCUACGGCAGAGUCAUCUACUGCAUAGACAUCAUCUUCUGGUACAUCCGUGUACUGGACAUCUUUGGAGUCAAUAAAUACCUGGGACCCUAUGUGAUGAUGAUAGGGAAGAUGAUGAUAGAUAUGUUGUACUUUGUGGUGAUCAUGCUGGUGGUGCUUAUGAGUUUUGGAGUGGCUCGGCAGGCCAUCCUUCACCCUGAUGAGGAGCCGACAUGGCGCCUGGCCAGAAACAUCUUCUACAUGCCCUACUGGAUGAUAUACGGAGAGGUUUUUGCGGACUCGAUAGACCUCUAUGCUAUGGAAAUCAACCCUCCAUGUGGUGACCAUUUAUAUGACGAGGAUGGGAAGAAACUACCUCCAUGUAUCCCUGGUGCCUGGCUCACCCCUGCCCUCAUGGCCUGUUAUCUUCUGGUGGCAAACAUUCUUCUGGUCAACUUGCUCAUUGCAGUUUUCAACAACACUUUCUGCGAAAUCAAGUCAAUUUCCAACCAGGUGUGGAAGUUUCAGAGAUAUCAGCUGAUCAUGACGUUCCACGACCGCCCCAUCAUGCCGCCACCUCUCAUCAUCUUCAGCCACCUCUACAUCCUCUUCAACAGGCUGUUUCGGCGGUGUGUUAAGAAGAAACAAGAGGGAGAGCUGGAUGAAAAGGACCGCGGACUCAAGCUUAGGCUGAAUCCAGAGGAGCUCAAAUUUCUUUACGAGUUUGAAGAACAGUGUGUGGAGGAAUAUUUCCGUGAGAAAGAGGACGAGCAGCAGUCCUCAACUGACGAACGUAUCAAGGUUACUUCAGAAAGAGUUGAAAAUAUGUCCAUGCGUCUAGAGGAGGUAAACGAGAGGGAGAACAACAUGAAGGCCUCCCUGCAGACAGUGGAUCUGCGCUUGGCACAGCUGGAGGAGAUCCACGGACGAAUGGCAGUCGCACUGGAAAAGCUUGCAGGGGUAGACAGACUGGAACUGACCAGAACCUACUCACGAAACUCCUCUGUGUGUGACCCCUCCUCCUCCCUCCUUCGCCAGGGCAGUAUCAACAGCGCUGAUGGUUACAGUCUUUACCGCUUCCAAAUGGACUUGGAGGACUUGGCAGCAAAGCAGAAGACAGAUGAGACAACUAAAAGUGGUGUAGAGAGAGAAAAGAGUCUCCGGCAAGCCUCCGGUAGAUGUUCUCCAAACAAAAAUGAAGGUGGUCAGACCAUAGAGGUUGCUGGUUUGGAGAGAUCGGGUGUGGAAAUUCUCAUAUCUCCUUGUAAACAAAAGCCUAUUUCUGCAGCAUCAAGUCAUGAGAUCUUAUCCAAUAUAAGACAAGGCAAAACAGUGCUAGAUAGCCUUAUGCCUUCUUCCCCGCCAACAAGGACUAAGUCUUUGCGAUACUAUCCAGUUGAUGACCAAGCCACCGCUCCUUUAACAAAGAGAAGGUCUAUGAGCACCAUCAUUAUCAGCCCACCUGAUGAACCCGUAGAAGCAGAGGAACCCACGAAGAAGCCCGAACUGCCGCCAAGGACAUCCUCUUCACCAAAGAGGACUAAAUCUUUGAGAUAUAUCCCUUCUGAAAUCCAAAACCAGACUUCCCCUACCACAAAGAAGAGACCCAUGAGCAGCAUCGUCUACAACCCAGCGGAUGCAAGUGUUGAAACUGCGGACUACAGAUCAGUAGUGGAGCAGGUCUCUCAAACACCAAAUCGGUGGCCAGAAAACUUGGAGUACCAGGUGCACCCUAGCGCAAUUGGUCACAUGCCUAAAGUUUCAACAGUGAGAACUAUCGCCCAGCAGUUUAACAGUGGCACUGCACCUACAGAGCCUAAAAAAGAGGAAAUUCAGACGGAUCUUGUUCCUUUAGAAAGUGAGGGAGCUCUUCCAGCAGCGGAACAAACGACAGACCAAACUAAGAUGAAGGCCAGGAGAAUCCUCUCAGACACCACCGAGUAUCUGACUGUAGCUGAUGCAAAGAAUUUGCCGUCUCACAGGUCACAGAGCUUUAAUCUGAACGAGAGAGCAAAGGUGGUGAACAAGGAACCAAGAGCCUCCAGCAGCAAGGGAGACAUCUUACAAGUCUGCACGGUGGCGGGGGGAGAGGAGGGCGGGAUGAUGGAGGCAGAGAAAAAAGAAGAUGAUGCACAGGAAAAUAAAUAAUAGCCACAAAAAAAGGAGAAAUGAAAUACAGAAUAGGGAAUCAAAAUAAGGAACUGAUGCUACCAUUGAGCAAGGAAACAUAGCAUGCCAUUAACCGAAGAACAUUUCUGACUGAGUUAUAGAUUUCC